AUGUCGCUUUGCAGAGUCGACUAUUCGGUCGUGAACCCAAACAACAAAUGGAAAAUCCUCAAGACGCAAUUGCGCUUCACUUUUUGGGCACUUUGGAUCUCCAGCGGUGUGAUUAUGCAAGGUUUUGAUAUUGUUGGGGGCGGUCAACUGGCUGCUUUGCCUGCUUUCAGAGAGAAGUUUGGCAUCUUGCAACCGGACGGCAGCUACUUAAUUCCUGCCCACUACUUGUCAGCGUGGAACUCGAUCGCGCCUGCGUGUGAGAUUGUUGCAACAUUCAUUUUUGCACCUCUUCUCGAGAAAUAUGGUCGUAAGUGGGGCAUUCUCGCCGCAUCUUUCAUUUCCACCGCAGGUGUUCUGCUCCAACAGCUUGCACCGGAGUGGCGAAUGCACCUUGCAGGCCGGGGAGUCAAUGGCAUUGCCAUUGGCAUGAUGUUCACAAUUUCGCCCUUAUGGAUUGGUGAAACCUGUCGUCCUGAACUUCGAGGAUUUUUCCUUUGCUUCUUCAACACGAGCAUCGUCUUUGGACAAUUUGCUAUCGUGGCUGUGUCGAAAGGAAGUAGCAAUAUCAAUGGGAAAUGGUUUUGGUGGACACCCAUCGUGGCGAUGUAUGCCUUUCCACUCAUCCUCACAACGGUUUGGCCAUUCUUUCCCGAGUCACCUUACUGGCUUGUCAGAAACGGCAAAGUUGCCAAAGCCAAGAAAGCACUGCAGCGAGUCUACGGGUUCAAAGAGAAAGAGUUCUACGACAUUGAGGUCCGUCGCAUGCAAGAAGAAAUCGCAUUUUCUCGCGAGGUGCAAGGAGGACCUCUCGAAGCGAAGCAUACAAGCACAUUCUUGGGCAUAGAUCUGGCAACCGAGACCGAGUGCUUUCGCGCCACCAAUCGCAAGCGAACGUGGACAGCCAUAUUUGCAGCGAGUGCACAACAAAUGAUCGGAGCCACCUUUGUCAUUGGUUAUGCGACCUACUUCCUGGAGCUCAUCGGUAUCAAAGACUAUUUCAGUGCUGCUGUGGCACUGUACGUUGUUAUGUUGGUGGCGAGCACUGCUGCCUUUCCGCUGACGGAGAUUUUUGGUCGACGUGUCUUGAUCGUUAUCCCACAGUUCAUCCUUUGCGCUAUGCUCUUGCUGAUCGGUAUUAUGGGCUGCGUGCCUAACAAAAGCAGAGGAGGCUGGGGGAUCGUCGCGUUCAUCUAUCUUUGGGCUAUAAUCUAUCAACUUUCAAUUGGCGCCACCGGCUUCGUACUUGCUUCAGAGAUUGCGACAAUGCGACUAAGAACUGCAACUCAGGGAUUCAUCACGAUUACAAACGCCCUUUGGGGAUUGAUUAUGCAGUUUACUGUCCCCUACAUGAUCAACCCAGACGCAGGAAAUUUGGGAGGAAAAGUCGGCUUCAUCUUCCUUGGCACAGGAUUAAUUGCUGCAGUCGGAGGCUGGUAUUUGUACCCAGAGACAAAGGGGAUAUCUUUCGAAAAGCUGGACGAACUCUACGCAUUGAAAGUUCCGCCUCGUCACUUCAAAAAGGCAGCAUUCAGGACGAAUUUGCAACACCCUGCAGAACCUAAUAUUCAGCCGGAGGUGCAUUCGGAAAAGCAAGAGCGUUUGCAGACCCACGUGGAACAAACAGAAACUUAG